AUGGAAUCUGAGGAAGGCAGUGACGGUGUGAAUUAUAGUGGGAAUUUUGUCAUGGAUACAUUUUUUCCUACAUUUGACGAUGCGGUUACAUGGGCUGAUGGUGUUUCCAUAAAAUUGAGAUUUAUAUUGGUGAAAUCGUCUUAUAACAAAACUAGAGAUGGUCGGCCGUAUCGGUAUUUGCGAUUCAGCACCGACAGUUGGAAGAUCAUUGCGAAAAAUGAUCACACUGGGACACAUAACCACCCAAUGAUUGUGUACCAAGAGGGUCACCGUAAAGUGAGCGGAUUGAGUCCAGGUGCAAAACAGGUUGUGCGGGACAUGACAAAGUCCAAGGUUGCUCCCCGUAACAUCAUGUCCACUAUUGCCGAGCAAUUUCCUAAUGAUCAUCUAAACAUCCGACACAUUUACAAUUGCCGAAAUGACUUUAGGAUGGAGAUGUCCAAAGGAAGAGGAGUUGUUCAACAAUUUCUUCAUCUGGCGAGAGUUAGUAAAUACAUUUACUGGGUCACGAACGAUGAUCACAACAUUUUGCAACAUGCACUUAUGGUGCACCCGAUCAUGGUCAACAUACUCCGCACAUACCCACAUGUCAUAGGUAUGGAUUCUACUUAUAAGACCAAUCGAUAUAACAUGCCUUUCUUUGAGAUAGUAGGUGUGACACCGACAAACCAGAAUUUUCUAGUUGGAUAUGUUUUCAUGCGCGACGAGUGCACGGCUAGCUAUCGGUGGGUGUUGCAGAGAUUAAGGGAGUUGAUUGGGUUUGAUAAAGAGCCAUCUGUAUUUAUUUCAGACCGUGAUCUUGGGCUAUGUGCGGCUUUGAGAAAAGUCUUUCCAGGGACGUCACAUUUACUCUGUCUAUGGCACAUCAAUGGAGAUGUGGAGGCUAAGGUGACGAAGAUGUUCGAAAACAAGAAGGUUGGUGUCAGUUUUAGAGCUGGGAGAUGGUUCAAAAUCGUGAAUGCAACAACACAGGCGGAGUAUGAUCAUGCUCUAGCUGCCAUGCAAGUGAGGUGGGGAAAAUAUCCGGCAGUGAUUCAGUAUGUUAAGAGAACAUGGCUUUGUCAUAAGGAGAAAUUUGUGAAAUUUUGGACGAACCAGGUUCUUCACUUUGGUAACACCACCAACUGCAGAGUUGAGAGCCAACAUUCAGCAGUGAAAACUUGGUUUGAAUCAUCCACAGGUUAG